AGCCGAGUGUAGUUUGGGAAAACAGAAUCCGCAAAUGCAGAUAAUGACAUGGUUCCUCUUUGUAAUUGGCUCCAAGUGAAAACAUUUCAUUUACCUCUCUUUCCCUCUUUUUAUCCUGUGUAUGUGUGUGUGAGUCUGUCUGUGUUUGUGUGUGUGUGUGCGUGUGUGUAUGCAGCUACCCUUGUGUGAUUGAGGUCUGAGCUGCACGGUGAAUUAAAUGCAGUUCUACUGUAAUUAACUGCACUUACCAGUCUGUGUAUGAGACUUUCUGACGCACCAAUAAUUGAGGCAUCAGGUUUUGUUUGUUUUAACCUGCCUUUGAAGACAUGCUGGGAAGAUGUUUCACAUGGUUUAGUGGAAAUACAUCUGUGCGCACAAAUUUGAAAGCCUUGAAAGGACUCUUUUUUCAAUUAUUUAACAACUAGAAUUCUAAAAUAUUGAAAUAUGUUACAUCUAGGCUGCAGACUAAUUUUGUUUUUCCUUUCUUUUUGACAUUUUGAAAAGGACCCAUUGUUAUCCAGACAGGGAACAUUACCAUGGCAUUAUAAUUCCAUUCUGUAAAACAAAACAUAACAAGUUCCCACUGAUGAUAAUAGCUGUUUUCAGAAAGGGCUUGUGUCUUGCUCAGCAGUCUCUCCAGUAUUUGUUUCUGGUAUUUGUAAUUUCAUUAGGGGUCUCAAUUUUGGAACCAAGGUCUGCCACAGUUCAGUGAAGCAUAUCCCCCUGAGUAUUUUGCGGUUCUGGUAAAACAUAAAGCCGUGUUUGUGGACAAUAUUAGUGUUCAGCAGACAGAAAGGUCCGGUUCAGUUCUGCCUCAGCAUUAACACACGAAACCACAGUCUCCUUCCGUCUGCGGGACUCUGUGAUGAUUACUGCUGAGCAUCAAGGAGAGACAGAUGGAACUGAAGAGACAGAGACAGCUUGUGGAGAGCUAUACAGCUUUGGAAGGAGGACAUAUAGGACUAUGUAUGAGGCCCAAGUGGUGUUGGUUUUGUUUCCCAGUAGGUCAUCUGUCCCAAACCCCACCACCUCUUCAGCCCCUUUCCUUCUAUCUCCUAACCCCAACCACUAACCACCUCAGGGGCUCCCCCCAAAGCCCCUGAAUCCCUACAUCCAAACCGCAAUUUGUCUUGCAGCAGAGAUUGAUGAGGAUAGCUUAGCAGAAACAGCACUAUCAUACUUAACCAGAGUUUGGGAGUGGAGAAGGAGCGCUGAUGCUGGCUGUGUAGGCCAUCAGUCAUGCCCUAUGUACACAGUCGGUCAGGUCAUCCUUCAAAAAGUCCCCGGGGCAUUGUAGACUGUAGCUCACCAGAGUCCCAGGGUGCCUCUUUAAACGAUGGACAGCAGGAGACAGGGAGACACUAGAGAACAAGAGCCAGCACACAGAAAGCAGAGCCUGCUCCCCUGACCGGGGGUUCAUGCAUUUAAAUACAAAGUCAGCAUGGAAUGAGAUGGAGCAGCUUAAGACAAAUGAGACUGCGUUGUACAUGGAAGAAUGCUGUGGAGAAUAACUCUCCCGGUCAUACUGGCUGGGGUGCUCUGCAUCACCGCAGAGACCAAAAAGCACCGGCCCCAGGGAUCCAUCCCAUCCCCGUACAAGACCAAAGGGAACCUGUCCUCAGAACGUCACCACCGGCUACUGCAUCAGAAACCAGAGGUGCUGUCCUCCAGCCGGGAGGCCCUGGUCGUGACGGAGCGCCGCUACCUCCGCAGAGACUGGUGCAAGACCCAACCGCUCCGCCAGACCAUCAGCGAGGAGGGCUGCCGCAGCCGCACUGUGGUCAACCGCUUUUGCUACGGCCAGUGCAACUCCUUCUACAUCCCCCGCCACAUGGGCCCCAGCUCGGGUCAGGGCCAGAAUCGAGGCCAGGCCUCGGGCUCCGGAAGGAAAAGCCACAACAAGGCCCAGGAGCCGUUCCAGUCCUGCUCCUUCUGCAGGCCGCACCGCAUCACACAGCUCACGGUGCAGCUGGACUGCCCAGACCUGCAGCCCCCUUUCAGACACCGUAAGGUGCAGAGGGUCAAACAGUGUCGCUGCAUGUCUGUAGAUGUGGGCGGCCAUGGGAAACUGUGAAGAAGGACUUAAAAAAGGUCUUUGAAAAAUUGAAAUUGAAAAUUUAAAUGACAUAUGAUGAGUAUUGUCAUAGGCAGAAAUUCACAAACUUUGCCAAACAAGGACUGGCUUCAAGUUGAACUAUUCUGCAUCGCGUUGUACAAAUAAUGGCUCGUCCCACAAUAAAAUGACAUGAAACAUGGAACUGGUAUUAUUAAACAAAGGCUCAACGAUGACUUAAUCAGAGACUAGCAGCCGUGUUGGCAAGCUGAUGCUGUUGAAAGAGACUGAUUCAAGUGGCUGCGCAAGAGACACUGAUGAUGAAGUGGCCAAUUUUCAAGUUUUCCCCCUUCCUGUUAUUUCAAAAAGCUCAUAUCUACAUCACUAUUUGUACAUUCGAUUCCUUUGUGAUAAAGGAGUUAAGAAAAUGGAGCUUUAAAAGUACAAAACAUUAUGGAUUCUGCUGGUAAUUCAGCAUCUUAAAGAAACUGUAGAAAUAGUGUGACCCCUAUAAAACUUUUUUUUUCUGCAGGUGGAUCUACAGUAAUUACAGUUGGGCACAAUGUUUUAACCUGUAGGAGAUGUUGAUGGUGUUUUACAAGUAUUGCAUCCGUUAUCCUGUAUCUUUUCCUUAACUUCUAUUAUGUCCCAAAUGGUACACAAGCUGAUGUCAAGGAAAAGAUUUCAUGAAACACGAAGCAACAAUGACCAGUGGCAUCCACCUGCUCGGACACAAGCCUGGCUGUAUACUGCCACAAAUAUACUAGCCAGUAGGAAAAACAUACUGCAGCAUGUGUAAUGGAGGUGCAAUGCAAUAUAUACAGUAUAUAUAUUUUAUGUAUGUGUGCAAAAAUGUAUGUGAAAAGUAUAUUAAAUCUAUUUCAUAUAAAACAA